GUUUCAGUAGUUAAAAGUUUCAGAAAUGAUGUCUCAAGAUGGGGUUCCAAUUCCCUCAACUGUGAAAGGGUUAGCUCAACAACAACCAAACCCUAACCCUAAUCCAUUGAAGAAGAAGAGAAAUUUUCCAGGAACACCAGAUCCAGAUGCAGAAGUUAUCGCUAUGUCACCGAAAUCUCUCAUGGCGACCAAUAGAUUCAUGUGUGAAAUCUGCAACAAGGGUUUUCAAAGGGACCAGAACUUACAACUCCAUAGGCGAGGUCACAAUCUGCCAUGGAAGCUGAAGCAAAGAACCAACAAAGAAGUUAGAAAAAAAGUUUACAUCUGCCCUGAAAAGACCUGCGUUCACCACGACCCGUCGAGAGCUCUAGGAGACCUCACCGGAAUAAAGAAGCACUUCAGCCGUAAACAUGGCGAGAAGAAAUGGAAGUGUGAGAAAUGUUCGAAGAAAUACGCUGUUCAGUCUGAUUGGAAAGCUCAUAGUAAGAUUUGCGGCACUCGAGAGUAUAGAUGCGACUGUGGAACUCUCUUUUCCAGGAAGGAUAGCUUCAUCACGCAUAGAGCUUUCUGCGAUGCUUUAGCUGAAGAAAGUGCGAGAUUCACUUCGGUUCCAUCGACUGUGAAUCCAGUAGCAGCUUUUACAAAUGAUUUCAUAAAUGGGGCCAUUAAUGACAACGUGAUGCACCAGUUUUCAUCGGUGUUUAAACCAGAGUUUAGUGGUGGGUUAGAGCUAGUCAACAACCUGAAUCCAAAUGGGCAAAAGCCACAGUCGAGACUACAGUUAUGGCUCGACCAGGGGAACCCAUUCGGUGUCCCCAACAACACUACUGCAAACGCUUUCUUAGCAUCAAAAUCCACGAGCUUGCCUGACUUGGGAAUGGCACCAAUGAACAUGUUUGGCUUAUUGUCGCAGACACAAACACAAUGGCUGGGCAGCAGCAAGUACCCAGAUGAUGAUGCAUUAUCAUUUCCAGGUGCAAACCUCAACAUGUCAGCAUUGAGACCAAAACAAGAAGAAGAGAACAAGGGAGAUUUGUCCGAAUCCAUAACAUCUUUGUAUUCCAACAAUAAUCUUCAACAGAGCGAGUCUCAUAGUCACAUGUCAGCUACUGCACUCUUGCAGAAAGCAGCACAAAUGGGAUCUACAAGAAGCAACCCGGCAGCAUUCAACAACAGUGGCUUUAGGUUAAUGAGUUCCAACAAUACUUAUGACCAGAGCAAGAAUGAAGUUUAUAAACUGUUCAAGCAAGCGAAUGACGGUGAAUCUGAGAACAUAAACAAAUUAGUGAGCUCAUUGUCUUCAACUCAAGCAGCUGUUACCAAAGAUGGGUGUGCUUCAUUAGAUGAUUUGAACUCGAGCUCAUUUGUGAGAAACGCCACCACAAAACAAGGUAACAACUCGAACGAAGUUGAUUCGAGCUUAACCAGGGAUUUUCUCGGUGUGGGAGGUGAAUCAAACAGGUCAUUCUUGCAACAGCAAGAGCUUGUAAAGUUUGCUUCAAUGGGUUCAAUCCAGCAAUGGAAUUGAUGAUUCAAACAGAAGCGAGUCAUCCACAUGGAAGGGGAGUCUUGUGAACGGUGGUGGGGGCCACUCUACUGCGGUGGUGUAAGGGACUGAAGAGAAAGAGACAUGGCAGUGUUGUUGGGCCCUCCAUGCACGUAAAUUUUUCACCAUUUUAAUUCUGCUACAGUUCUGUAUUUUUAGUUUCUAUUUUAAUAUUUCUCUUGCAAACUUUCAUUAA